AUGUUUCUAGUCUUCAUCCUUAUUUUGGACACUUUGUUUUUUGGUGUUUCUCUGCAAAGCGCACGUAAUCAUAUUGCAGUCGUGGCUUCUGCAAAUCACAGAAAUCAAACACUGGGAGACUUAUUGCCAAUCAUCGUCGGGAACUCAACUGAGUUGUUGCAGUACGGUGUGCAUGUGCCCAAUGUAGUUGACAUGUUUUCUGCCUCAUGGCUUAUGAAUGCGUCUUUGUUUAUGCGCAUGAAGGCAGUGGGUAUGGGCGGUAUUGAGACUGUCGAGGAUGGAUGUCUUUCAGUUUUCCACCAAGCGAAAGGAUUGGGGGCCCCAGUGGCCAUCACAAAUGAUUGGUUGGAUUUUUCAGUCGAGCACUUAAGCCACUAUUGGAGGGCAGCUGGAGUCUGUAAUAACUUGUCCACUUUUGACGACUUCAAUUCAAGACUGGACAGGUACAUAUCCCAUGUGCAAGUAUUGGAUCCAUCGCCGCUCCAUGAUACGAUCGCGAUUCUUGCUUUUAUGCCGUACAAGUGCUUAGUCCCAGACACUGGUCGAUCCUUGACACGAAGAUUACUGACGGCGACCCUGAAGUCAUUGCAACGCGCUGGGAUAGGCCGCGUGGUUGUUGUGUCUGACAAGCCUACGCAUGAAUAUGAGCCUCGAAGUGUGUCGUUCGGGAAUACAGAGGUCGCGUUUGUGACAGUCGACGCGAGCACUACGAAGUCUAAGUUCAUAGAACGAAAUAUACCCCGCGGAGCUAUCUAUGGCCUUCAGCAAGCUAUCCGCAGCAAGGAUGUUGGGUGGCUUGGGCACGACACGGGACGAUGGCAGUCCGUAUUUUUGACAGAGCCCGACCAGAUCUUGCAUUUCAAACCACGCUCCAUCGUCGACCUCGCUCGAGCCGUUGAGUCCGGAUUCGUUCUGGCUCCGCACAGGCUGCAACCAGUCCCUCAUCCAAGCGAUGUUCGUGUGCCAGAAAAUCCGAUUCCAGAAACCUCCUCAGCUUUCAAGGUGGAAACCGUUGAAAGCGAUGACGUAAAAUGCAUAGAUGCUGGUGGGGAUCACCCAGGUGACGUGGAUUUACAUCCAAGUGGAUCACAUGAACCGGGUUGCAGCACCUGGUGGUGGAAGUGCGGGUUCAAGGAUGGCAAUCAUUCGAGGCUCGAUCAUUAUCCAGCUGCUUUCGCUAUGGUACUGGGGUGA